CCCUCGAGCCAUGCAGCGACUCCUGACCCUGCUUCUCCUCCUGGUUCUGCAUGCUGUGCCCAGGGUAGGUUCCCAGGCCCCAGGGGCUUCCCCCAGAGGGGCUGGAGGUGAGAGCUCACCCAGCUUCCUGUGUCCUGCUCUGCUGCCCCCCAGAGAUGCAGGGCCCUGGCGGCGGCUCCUACUUCUACUUCCGGGGAGAAGAGCAGGGGGAGCUUCGGGGCAUCCGGGUCUUCGUGGGGCUUCUGGGCCUCAUCAAGGGCGUGCAGCUGCAAUUCGGAGGCCACUGGAGCGCGCGCUACGGAGCGCCUGGCGGCCACGCGCACGAAUUCCUGCUGCAGGCGGGCGAGCGAGUGACCGCGGUGGAGGGCAGCGCGCGCGCCUGCAUCCGCUACCUGCGAUGGACAACCAGCAGGGGGCGGCAGGCUGCCUUUGGGAGCCCGGGCGGCCAGCUCUUCAGCUCCCAGGCUCCCAUCCCGGGGCAGCAACUGCUGACUACCAACGGCCAGCACCGGCUCUUAUGCCUCUCGGGAAUCGGCUUUAAGUGGGGCUUCGUCCAGGAGGCUCCCACCUCGGCGUCCACCGUAGCGUCCACUCUGUCACCCACCACUGCUCCCAGGCCAGAGAUCUCCCCAGUGUCCACCCUGCUGCCCACCACAGCCCCAAGCUCAGCGCCCACCCUGACGUCCACCCUGCCAUCCACUGCGUCCCCGACCCCUGCGUCCACCCUGCCAUCCAUGGUGGCCCUCAGCCCAGCGCCCAUCCCUGUGCCCACUCUGGCAUUCAUGGUGGACCCCGGCCCAGAGCCCAUCCCUGCGCCCACCCUGCCAUCCAUGGUGGACCCCAGCUCAGCGCCCAUCCCUGCGCCCACCCUGCCAUUCGCUGUAGCUCCCAACCCAGUGUCUCCUGUGGGCAGCCGGCCCUGGGGAGCCCCGGCCAGAUGA